AUGACUCAAGCCAUGCAAGAACCAGCCAGCCUGCCCCUGGCUGUUGGGAUUCAGAAGCAAGCAGGGGAGCUGUCCAGAUAUCCAGUGCUGAAGGGCUGGGCAGAAGACCUGAGUGGCCCAGAUGACAUGGACUUCAGCAACCUGGCUUUUGAUGCCCAGAUUGCGAGAAUAAGUGCCCUAAAGCAGAGCACAUAUGCAAUGCCUGAUGGGUUCCUCGCAGCCCAAAAUGAUGCCAAUGAGCUGCUCUGCCUUGUCAGGGCAACCAAGGGGAAGAGAGAGGAGUCACGCCCUGAAGCAUAUGACCUUACACUUUCUCAGUACAAGCAACUGUUAUCCAUUGAGUCCAGACAGUUGGGAAGUGCCUGUAGGAAAAUGGCAAUGGCUGAGAAAAGCCCAGAGGAGAUGCUCCUAGCUAUGACUUCCAGCUUUCAAGUGCUCUGUUGCCUAACAGAAGCUUGCAUGCGAUUAGUUAAAGUCGUGAGCUCAGAAACACAGCGGCAGGAAAUCGUAGUGAAAAUCGAUGAAGUGGUCAUAAACUACAUUUGUCUCCUGAAAGCUGCCGAGGCAGCCACCGGAAAGACCACUGAGGAUCCCAGUGUUGGACUCUCGACUCGACAUUCAACCACCAUGGCCGCUCUCUCCUGGCCAGUCUUCAGACACACAUGCUUUCGGAUUAAUGGGUGGCAUCUGUCCUCUCCUAGCGUGGAGAUUGGUGAAAGUGUGAGAGGGGAAGAUGUCUACAUCAUCCAGAGUGGCUGUGGAGAGAUCAAUGACAACUUGAUGGAGCUUCUCAUCAUGAUCAACGCCUGCAAGAUUGCAUCGUCUUCCAGGGUGACCGCGGUGAUCCCGUGCUUUCCGUACGCCCGCCAGGAUAAAAAGGACAGGAGUCGUGCUCCAAUUUCUGCGAAACUUGUGGCCAAUAUGCUCUCGGUCGCUGGCGCAGAUCACAUCAUCACCAUGGACCUGCAUGCCUCUCAGAUCCAGGGGUUCUUCGACAUUCCUGUGGAUAAUUUGUACGCAGAGCCGGCGGUCCUGCAGUGGAUUCGGGAGAACAUCACAGAUUGGAAGAAUUGUAUCAUUGUUUCCCCCGACGCGGGCGGAGCCAAAAGGGUCACGUCGAUAGCGGACAGGUUGAAUGUGGAAUUUGCCUUGAUUCACAAAGAGAGGAAGAAGGCGAAUGAAGUGGACCGCAUGGUCCUGGUGGGCGACGUGAAGAACCGUGUAGCCAUCCUUGUGGAUGACAUGGCUGACACGUGUGGUACCAUCUGCCAUGCUGCCGACAAGCUUAUCUCAGCCGGAGCCACCAAAGUUUAUGCUAUCCUUACCCAUGGGAUCUUCUCUGGGCCAGCUAUUUCCAGGAUAAAUAGUGCCUCCUUUGAGGCUGUUGUUGUCACAAACACAAUUCCACAAGAAGACAAAAUGAUUCACUGCUCCAAGAUCCAGGUGAUUGACAUUUCGAUGAUCUUGGCCGAGGCGAUCCGCAGGACCCACAACGGUGAAUCCGUGUCUUACCUGUUCAGCCACGUCCCACUGUAAACCCAGGAUCCCGGUGCGGAGCAAGCCUGCUGGCUUCUGACUAGUGUGUUUUUAUCUGAUUUUUUAGCUUUAGGACUCAGUAAUUAGAAUGCAAAAGCAUCAGAUCUUUGUAUCCUCCAAGAUCCACUGUUUCCCCCUUCUAUAGCUCGAGUCCAUUUAUUUCCAGUUUGCGGGGAGGGUGGUGGUUAUUUAAUCUGUGAACUGUUAUAAGUCAGAAAUAGUUUUGUCAUCUUUACCGGUUCUGAUAGGUGACUUUGUCCUUUGUCCUGUCAGUAUUUUGAGGCUACUACUUUCAAGUAUAUAAUUCCAAUGUGGAAGUUCCUAAUUUAUAUAUUUCAGGGUUGCCAAAGGUGACUUUAGGAUAAAGACUUCUAUGUAGAUAUAUAAUGAUAAUGCCUAUGGACAUUUGGGUAAAACCUUGUAUAGAUUGAGCCCUUCUAAGAAAACUUUAGAAAAUUAAUAAUACCAUGAUAUAUAUAUAUAUUUUUGGUUAUUGUACUUAAUU